CUCAUUCGAACUCUUCCUCUCGAACGAGGAGACUCGCCGCAGUACGCGAGCAUUACCCCAGGUGAAGAUAUAACCAGCGGUCAGCCAGCGGUUAUAUAUUUCAAGUGUUUACAUAGCUACUAUUUCAGGAUCCCCCUUGACAGUUGCCUCUCUAGUAGAGCAUUCACAUCUCCAUUUUCAGAAAAAAUCCUGAUUUAGUCUUCCUUGGAUUAGAUGAAAGAGAGUAGAGAUGGAACCAGAGGUGGUAGAGUUUCAAAGUCAUCGUCUAUUACCUCACUUCCACUUAUGCUGGACCUAGAUGACUUUAAGGGUGAUUUCUCUUUUGAUGCAUUAUUUGGAAACCUGGUAAAUGAACUCCUCCCAUCAUUUCAAGAAGAAGAUGCUGAUUCAUCAGAAGCCCAAAGCGGCACUGUAGGAAAUGAUGUUUUGCCCAGUGGACAUCUGCGAGCUCCAUCUGAUGCAGCAAAGUUUGCACAAGGACUUUUCUCUCCCUUAUUUCCAGAAGUAGAUGCUCUCUUAUCUAUAUUCAAAGAUUCUUGCAGGGAGUUGAUUGACCUUAGAAAGCAGAUUGAUGCAAGACUGAACAAUCUCAAGAAGGAGGUUUCUGUCCAAGACUCCAAGCACCGCAAGACUCUGUCUGAGUUGGAGAAAGGUGUAGAUGGCCUAUUUGAUAGCUUUGCCAGGCUGGAUUCUCGUAUCUCUAGUGUUGGGCAGACUGCUGCUAAAAUUGGAGAUCAUUUGCAGAGUGCAGAUUCCCAGAGAGAAACCGCUAGUCAAACAAUAGAGCUGAUAAAGUACCUGAUGGAGUUCAAUAGCAGCCCAGGGGAUCUGAUGGAACUUUCACCUCUGUUUUCUGAUGAUAGUCGUGUUGCAGAAGCUGCUUCAAUUGCACAGAAAUUGCGGGCAUUUGCCGAUGAAGAUGUUGGAAGACAUGGCAUAGCUGUACCAUCAGUGAUGGGAAAUGCAACAGCAGGAAAAGGUCUGGAAGUUGCAGUUGCAAAUCUUCAAGACUACUGCAAUGAACUGGAGAAUAGAUUAUUGACUCGAUUUGAUGCAGCUUCACAGAGGAGGGAAUUAUCAACAAUGGCACAAUGUGCUAAAAUUUUGUCUCAGUUUAACAGGGGCACCAGUGCUAUGCAACAUUAUGUGGCAACUCGACCCAUGUUUAUUGAUGUGGAGAUAAUGAAUGCAGACGCCAGGUUGGUUCUUGGUGAUCAGGGGUCACAAGCUAGUCCUAGUAAUGUUGCUCGUGGGCUUUCUUCAGUGUACAAAGAAAUCACAGAUACUGUAAGAAAAGAAGCUUCCACAAUAAUGGCUGUAUUCCCUUCUCCUAAUGAGGUCAUGUCAAUUCUGGUGCAGCGAGUUUUGGAGCAGCGAGUUACAGCUGUUUUGGACAAGGUACUGGUGAAGCCAUCCCUUGUGAAUUUGCCUCCUGUUGAAAAAGGCGGACUUUUACUAUAUCUUAGAAUGCUUGCUGUUGCAUAUGAAAAGACACAGGAAUUUGCUAGGGACUUGCGAGCUGUAGGAUGUGGUGAUUUGGAUAUUGAGGGCCUUAUAGAAUCUCUAUUUCUUUCUCACAUAGAUGAGUAUCCUGACAACGAGCAGGCUUGCCUAAGACAGCUCUAUCAGGCAAAGAUGGAAGAACUACGUGCAGAAAGUCAUCAGCAAUCUGAGUCAAGUGGGACAAUUGGACGCUCAAAGGGAGCUUCAAUAGCAUCUUCACAACAGCAGAUAUCAGUUUCUGUAGUGACUGAGUUUGUGCAGUGGAAUGAAGAAGCAAUUUCAAGAUGCACUUUGUUUUCUUCUCAGCCUGCUACUCUUGCAACCAAUGUAAAAGCAGUAUUCACUUGCUUGCUUGACCAAGUUAGCCAAUAUAUCAGAGAUGGGCUGGAACGGGCCAGAGAUGGUCUAAAUGAUGCUGCAGCUUUGAGGGAAAGAUUUUUGCUGGGCACAAAUAUCAGUAGAAGGGUGGCUGCUGCUGCAGCUUCUGCUGCAGAAGCAGCUGCUGCUGCUGGUGAAAGCAGUUUCAAAACUUUUAUGGUGGCUGUACAGCGUUGUGCCAGCAGUGUGGCCAUAGUCCAACAAUACUUUGCAAAAUCUAUUUCUCGGCUCUUAUUACCAGUGGAUGGUGCACAUGCUGCUUCCUGUGAAGAAAUGGCCACUGCUAUGUCUCGUGCUGAAGGUGUUGCCCUUAAAGGACUUCAACAAUGCAUUGAAACUGUGAUGGCUGAGGUAGAGCGCUUGUUGUCUACAGAACAAAAGGCAACAGAUUAUAGGUCCCCUGAUGAUGGAAAUGCUCCUGAUCAUCGGCCAACAAAUGCCUGUACAAGAGUUGUUGCAUACCUGUCCCGUGUCCUUGAGGCUGCAUUCACUACAUUAGAAGGACAAAACAAACAAUCUUUCCUCACUGAACUGGGAAACCGCUUGCAUAAAGGACUUCUUAGUCAUUGGCAGAAGUUUACCUUUAAUCCCAGUGGCGGGCUGCGGCUGAAGCGUGACAUAAUUGAGUAUGGGGAGUUUUUGCGUAGUUUCAAUGCUCCCACAAUUGAUGAGAAGUUUGAAUUGUUGGGCAUCAUGGCAAAUGUGUUUAUUGUUGCACCUGAAAGCCUCUCCACAUUGUUUGAGGGAACCCCAGCAAGCAUUCGGAAAGAUGCACAAAGAUUCAUUCAGCUACGUGAUGAUUAUAAAACUGCAAAACUUGCAUCCAAAAUAAGUUCCUUGUGGACAAGCUCUAGUUAGUUCAGAAUAGGUUUGGGGAAUGAACUGGAAAGCAGGAGACAAAAGAGUUGAAUGAAGUAGAAGGGACCAUUCCAUCUUAUUACGUCUUAAACAAUGAUACGAGAAUUACAGUCCUAGAGGCUCAUAGGCCAAGCUGUCAAUAGUUUGUGUUUAGUGGCAGGACAAUGUAAUGUAAGGAAAUCUAUUUUGUUGCUAAAUAGGUUGCAAACCCAGUGAAUGACAUUUUCUUAA